AACUAAACUUGGACAAUUCAGUGUUUAGUUGUCGCUAAACAAAAACUGUAGUUCGUCGCUGUGCGAGUUUAAAAACUGGCUAGUUAUAUUGAAAACCCAAACCAUUUAUAUACAUUAUGAGUCCCACGUAUUUUUUGGCUGGCGGUGUUGCCUCUGUGUGCGCCAUAUGUAUUACCAAUCCACUGGAGGUCGUCAAGAUACGCAUGCAGCUGCAGGGCGAAUUAGCAGCGCCCGGUACCUACGACAUCCGCUAUAGAAACACGAUGCAUGCCCUCGUGACGAUUGUCAAGAACGAAGGUUGGACUGGUUUGCAAAAGGGGCUCGUACCGGCAAUGAACUUUCAGUUUAUUUUGAAUUCAAUACGGCUAGGCUUUUACCAUACAGCUGUUCGAAAUCAGUGGACCAGCAAUAAAAGCGGUGGAGAAAGCUUCGGCAAGAAUCUGCUAUUAUCCAUAUCGGCCGGUGCUGUGGGAGCUUACUUUUCAAGUCCAUUUUUCAUGAUCAAGACACAAAUGCAGUCAGAAGCUCCAGCAAAAGUGGCCGUUGGCUAUCAACAUCACCACGUUGGUAUGUUAAAUGCCAUGCGGAAGAUUUAUGCAAAGAAUGGAAUUGCCGGAUUAUGGCGUGGUUCCUUCGCCUCCAUACCACGCGCUUCAAUUGGUUCGGGGGCACAAAUUGCGACAUUUGCCGAGAUGAAGGCAUUGCUACGCGAACACAAUUUGGUUGUGCAACCCUCACUGAAUACCGUGUGUGGUGGUUUCUUAGCUGGCUUGAUAGUAUCUGUGACCAUUACACCGCCGGAUGUUAUUGCAACACGCCUCUAUAAUCAGGGUGUCGAUGCGAAGGGUAGAGGUUUAUUUUAUAACGGUUGGUUGGAUUGUGCUUCAAAAAUUACACGAAUUGAGGGUGCUUAUGGACUAUAUAAAGGCUUCUGGACGACUUACAUACGAUUGACCCCGCAAUCAAUAUUGAUUCUCCUGUUUUUCGACGAACUUAUUGCGCUGAAAAAUAGGUUGUAGCCCCUAUUUAAGGCUCUAAGAAACAUUUUUUUGUAUUUUAUUUUAUGUUUCUAUUCGACUCAAUUUAUCAACUUUGCGUAGUUUGCUUAGCUGAUGCUGUUGCAGAACUUAAAGAUGAGUGAAAAUAAAAAUCGGGUAUUUUAUUUGACAAAAAAUUCAAUUUGUAUUGAAUAAGAAUAAUAAAAAUAUAUACAAAUUAUUACUUUAUUGACAAAGUAGCUCCCUUAAUUGCAUUUCACCUUGCAAAUUUUCUCUGCAACUACUCCUUCGCUGCAGAAUUUGCGCUUUUUUGUUUAUCAACCACGACUAUUCAAAUCUGAAGCAGAUGCUAGUUUUGCUUAAGCACACUGCGAAGUUUGCAUUACCGGAAAAGCACCAUAUUCAACCUCUAACCCUAAUUCCGAAAAUAAUUUAACGGUAUUGUUUUAUCAGCGAAGUCCUCUUUGACCCAUUAAAGCUGAAAAAUAAUUAAAACCAACAGGAGAUCGAACGCAGGCGUAGAAGGCAAUAUGCCUCCAAUAUUAUUAUCAUUAAAAAGUAAAAAAAAACAAAACCAAAUAGGCACACGGCUCCAAGUGAUGCAAAAAGGGGUCGAAAUCAUUAUUCAAAAAUAAUGUAAACCACUUAUCUUUUUAAUAAAGCCGAAUUCUUGGCCAUAACAUUAAA